AUGUUCGGCCGACGAAUCAUCACUCCACAGCGACUCAGCGCGGCAGGCCGUGGCCUGAGAGGGCACCCCCUUUCGUCAGAAACCCGCCGCUCAUUCACGCCAUCUGCGUUUCGAUAUCCUCGCUUGAGGCCAGGAUCUCGAACCUCAACCUUGGUGCGCCACGACUAUGUCCAGCCAGCACAGCACGUCCCGAGCCGUGUCGAGCCAGAAGAGGCCCCCAGAGCAGACACCGCCAGCACACCACCGAAGCAGCCAAGACCACGCAGAAUCCCCCCUCAACUCACGCAACCCCACGACAUCUGGCGCGCUCACUCCAUCCACCUCGAACUCCCCCCGGACGCAUCGACCAUAGCAGUCGACGAAUCCAGCGGCCCCCCAGAGUCCUACUUCUCCAAGACGCCCACCAAACCGAAAGCGCCCCCGGCCCCCGGCACGCUCACCUUUGAGCCGGCGCCGACGUCCAGCCACGCCCUCGCCUCCAAGCUCCUGACGACCCAGACGCCGACGUUCCUGCACGCCUCGUCGCACCUGCGCAACACGCGGGCCAACUCGGCGCUGCCGGAGAUCGCCAUCAUCGGCGCCUCGAACUGCGGCAAGUCGACCUUUCUCAACGCGCUCGCGCACCGCGCGCACCUCGCGCGCACGUCGGCGCGCGCCGGCCACACGACGACGAUGAACACGUACGGCCUCGGCCCGCCGCCGACCCCGCAGGCCCAGGCGCGGGUGCGCGCGCGCCUCGGCCCCGGCGAGCGCCCGCCGCGCCACGCCCUCGCGCUCGUCGACACGCCGGGCUACGGCUUCGGGUCGCGCACGGCCUGGGGCGACGGCAUACUGGGCUACCUCGCGCGGCGGACGCUGCUGCGGGGCGUCGUCGUGCUGCUGCCGGCCGACAAGGAGGGGCUCGCGCCGCGGGACGCCGAGGUGCUGCGCAUGGUGGCGUCGCUCGGGCGGCAGGUGCUCGUCGUGCUGACCAAGACGGACAAGCUCGUGCGCGGGUACCGCGGGCCCGAGGCCGACGGCGACCUGCACGGCUGGCUGCGCGGGCGGGCGGCCGCCACGGUGCGCGCUGUGAGGCGGGCGUGCCGCGGCGAGAAGGGGACGCUCGUGCCGCGCGUCUAUCUCACGGCCGCCGCCAUGGAGAGGCGGGAGGCCGAGUGGAAAUCCGAGCCCAUGGGCUGCCAUCGCGGCAUGGCGGGCGCGCGUGAAGCCAUCAUGGAGAUGGCCGGCGUCGGGGAGCUGCUGGCGCCGAACGGAAGAAAGCAAGCGGUCAAGCAGAACGCGCAUAGUCUCGAGGACGUGCCGGCCGAGAAGCGGUCCGAGACCAGAGAUCCCGAGGCCUGGGGAGGCGAGACGAUUUCUUUCGAGGACUUGGAGAAGAUGUACCGAAAGAAGUAA